AACAGAGAGCAGACACAGAGAGCAGACACAGAGAGCACACAGAAAACCUAAAAAACUGUUAAGAAACAGAGAAAAGCAAGAAUACAGGAAGCAGAGCUGCACCUACAGGAACCAUAAGUCUGACUCCUGAGUGAAUUACUGUUAUUGCUGAAAUGGCUGGACUGAGGCGAGUCUUGCUGGUAACGAUGGUGUUGUGGUGCGUUUGUCUGUGGGGGGUCAGUGAUGCUGUGGGGGGAGCUAAGAGUCGACCGCGACCCCAAAGACGACCUCGCAAGAAGCCAAAAGUCGAGCCCAUUGAUGUGACUCCACCAGCACAGAAUAUAGACAUACAGCGGAUGAUGGGGAGGUGGUACCUGCUGAACACGGCCUCGAAAUGCUCGUACCUGAUGAAUCAUGGAACCAAAGUGGAGCCUACGGUCAUGCACCUUUCACGCCCCUCUGCCUCCGACCCAACUUUGUCUGUUAGCACAAAGACACGACAUAACCACCAGUGUUGGGAGAUAUUGCAGGUCUACGAUCUCACCCCGACCCCGGGUCGACUAACACUCAAGGGAGCACGCCCAGAACUCAACACUGAGAUAGUGGUUGGGGAGACGGACUACAGCUCAUAUGCGGUCAUGUAUUACCAGAAACUGGGCAAAAUAACCAUGAAACUCUACGGCAGGUCUGUAGAUGAUCUGUCAGAGCCAGUGUUGACCAAAUUUGAGCAACUUGCUGCAAAACAGAGUUUGGGACUUGCGUACCUCUUCCCUUUCCCCACCUACAGUCACUGUGGUGAUGUGGACCAGGAUCAUGUCAUCAACUGUGUCCCCACAUGUUGAAGAUUCAGAGCUGUGGAACAGAUCGAUCCAGCAUUUCCACAUCUCUAGGCUUUAUCUCAAUAUUGUAUCGUUUAAAAAUGUCAAAUAAAAGACCGCAUGGAAGUCUUCGAAAGGGUUAAACUGCGAAUGUCACCGCAAAUAAAGCAAACAAACAAAA